ACUUCUUAUGCAAAUUUUCUAAAAAUUUCUUGAAACAUAAUUUAGUAGUUCUUUCGUAGUAGUUCUUUCGUAAAUUAGAAUAUAAUUUUUAUAAUAUUUUGUCAGUGUCCUCGAUUUGCUCUCUUCUUAAAAUUUCCUUCAAUAUCUGGCUCUCUGUUUGCGCAUUCAAUAUUGUGCUGAGAACUAUCUCAGUAUUUGAAGCACCUUCGCUGGCAUUGGACACUUGAGGGAUGAAUUCCCGAGACCGCCAAUUCUGGACAGAGUUCCUGCUCCUCUACAGAUCCCUUCCGGCCGUCUGGCAAAUCCAAAGUCCUGACUAUGGCUGCCGGGAGCUGAAGGCCGCCGGAUAUGAGCAGCUGGUCCGGAAGCUGAGUGAGGUGGAGCCGGAAGCCAACAGAACCACAGUGGUUAGGAAGAUCAAUUCGUUUCGAACCAACUUCAGGCGGGAUGUGCGGCGUCGGGAUCAGUGCUCGGCAAUGGGGAAGUCCUUUCAAUCAACUCUAUGGUAUUUUAAUCUCUUGAGUUUCCUCGAGGGUAAGGAUACAGCAGCUAGGAGCCAGAAGACAGUGGAGAGGAGAAGGGAAUAUUCGAAAGAGAAAGACGGGGAUCAGGAAUCUCACUUACCUCAAAAAUGUGACAGUUUUAAGGAAAUCAAAGAGGAGUCACUACUUUCCCAGGCCUCCGCUCAAUCUGUUACCCCGGAAAAUAAUUACGCUUUUUCCACUUUUCCGGAAAUUCCUGAAGAAAAAUCCUCUUCUAUACAACGGUUGAGUGAAACGGAAGCUCUCACCCAAACUUGGGGCUAUCAAUUCGAGGAAUUAUCCCAGUCACAAAGGAUUAUAGUUCGCAAAUUGAUAUCCGAUAUUCUUUAUUAUGGAUGCAUGGAGCAAUUAAAUCCUAGCCAUGUUGACCAAAUAAAUCAGUUAUUAAGGACAAAGGAUAUAGGAAGCGAAAGGAUUUUCUUUAAUGAUAAUACUUGAAAUAUGUGAUAAAUGUGGGAUAUUAUUUUGUCAGAAUUAAUAAAAU